AAAUUCACUGAAACCUCUUAAACAAAAAGUAACAAUAUUUCUGUGGUAUAUAAUAUAAGAUAGUGUCGCUGAAAUGGAUUUCCCUUGUAGUGGUGUGUUUGUCUUCAUGUUUUACGACAGACACAACAUAGCUUAUAACUGUUUUCAGUUCUAGCAUGUAGGUAGCUAGCUACCGAUGUCAGUUGUAGGAAUAUACCUUUAAUCACAGUGACGCAGCAACCAACUUGCCGCUCACGAGCUAUAAAGAUAAUAUAGCCAACGCACAAAUAAUAAACAAUUUGCAAUAAUAGUGUAGACAGUGCAAGUUAAAGCAAUAUUUAAUAUAAUAUGCUUAGCAAAAACAGUACAACAACAACAAAUGAAAUGGAAAAAUUCAGUAAAAAAUGCAAUAAAUGCUCAUUCAAUUAAAGUGUUGGACCAAGUCAGGGUGAUUCUACAAAUUUUACUGCAAUCAAAUUAUUUGCUGUGUAUACCCAGUAAGCAAAAUUAUGAGAACCUGAAGAAAUAUCUACUCUCUUACUUGCUACUGUUAAAAGAUGUUGAUUGGAUUCGAAAAAAUCAAGAUAUGUGAGAUAAAAGUCCAACUAAACCUUGUAAAUUACUACCCAAGUACUCGGUUGAGAAUUAAUUGAGUUAAUUGCUCACGAAUGAAAUUUGUAUUAUCACUGAGAGUUGAAAGUAUUAAUUUCGAGAAUUUUUCGAUUUUUUAUAUUUUUUAUAUAAAUAUUAAAAAUUACCUAAAAUUCAUUUUCGAAGAAAACUUUUUAGAUUUAUUUAUUUAUCGCAUGCGAUAGACUGAAUUAUGUCUGAGAGAUUUAAAAAAUCUCAUGCGAUAAAAAUUGAAUAUUUUUUUUUUUAAUUUUCGUUACACACUUUUCAUUUUUAACAGCCGUCUUACUUUAUUAUAUAGCUUCUUGGCUUUCAACAUUAAGUGUAAAAUUUUGUUUUUAAAAUACUGAGUAAAAGUCUAGACUGAGUCCACUAUUUAGAGAUCUCUUAUUAGAUAAGAAAACUUCAUGGAUUUUUUCCACUUAUUCACAAAAAAAUUCUCAUCCACUAUUCUUUUAAGAAGAACAGAUAAGCAGAAAAAUAUGUUCUCCUCACUUUCAACAGUUUAGAAGUCAGAAAUCGAAAAUACCCAAGAGCUGUACCCAAGCUUCAAGUUUAUGAAAACAAACUUUUUAAAUGAUUAUAUUAUAGAUAAGAAAUACUUUUCUAAACUUCAAAAUUAUGUUUUCUGGGUAAACUAUUUGUUAUGAAACUUCAUUGUCGACUCCAGGUGCCUCAAUAGAUUUUAUCGUAAAGGGUUUCGUAUGUUGUUCGAAGAUUGAUAGCUCAAUAAUGACUUUAUGGAAUAAUUUAGUUUUGUAUAACUACAGUUGAACUUCCAUAACUCGAACUUCUUUAACUCGAAGUUCUUCAUAAGUCGACAAUCGCAUGAACCGACGAACUUUUGAAUUGAAAUAGUACUUCUAUUUCAUACAAAUUACCUUCCUUAGCUCGGAAGUCUCUCUAACUCGAAGUUUUUUUUUGUGGUUUAUGGUGAUUCGAGUUAGGGAAGUUCAACUGCAUAUAUAUAAAUAUAAAUAUAUAUGCUUUUAAUUUAAUAAUGUUGGUCAUUAGUUCGUAAAGCGCAGUGAUAUCGCUCGGCUCCCAACUAUCAUUAAUGACUUUUUGCCAUGACCUUUCAACUAGCCUUUAAUUUUGUACAGCUGUGCAAUAAAAUCGGUGUUGUUUUCCUAUUAAUUAUGCAUUUACUAAUUUCAACAUGGGGCCAAUUCACGUGUGAAAUUAAUUUGUUGAUGACGAAGAAAGCUUUUUCUAUGGUUUACUAUAUUAUUUUCAAUAUGACUUCUGUCAACUUUGGUUGAGUAAAGCUUUCACUUGUUUUGAGAAGUGUUCUCAAAAUAUUAAGCUAUCAUGUUCGCUGUAAGCUUUUUGGAAAGCGCCGAAUUUUUAUGCAAUAUUUCUCGGUUUUUACCACAUUAACAUUAAAAAGUUUUCUCAAAAUAUUUUGAUUUCAUGCUCGCUGUAAGCUUUAUGGUAAGGUCAAUGUCUGUAAGCUUUCACUCGUUUGAACAGUGAAGUGUUUUCAAAAAACUGAGCUUUCAUAUUUUUAAUUUGUAAUUCUAAAGAUUAUUGCACAAUAAAGAACCAAUUAGAUUUGUAAGUAUAUGCCUCCAAAUAUAGAAACUGGGUAGGGAAUAGAAAUAGUACUUUGGUUGUGAUGUGAGUAAUACAAUAAUUUUAAUAAAAACCAAUCCCUGCGAAAUUUUUAUUAGAUUAAAAUGAACUUUGUACCUUGAACAGUAACAUUUAACACAAACUGUAUAAUAUGCUGACAUACAUAUAUACUAAUAAUACAUUCAAUAAUUACACAUUUAUUGUAAACACAGAGUUUAAUUUUAAUUAAACUUACAAUCAACAUCAAUCAUUCACACUCAUCGAAGGCACAACUCAAGUCACAAAAAUAUUGGAUUAUACAUUUUAUUAUAUUUAUAGUGUUGAUUCCAAAGAAAUUUUAGUUUUUACUCUUUUACAAAAACAAAGUGAAAAUAAUACUAUAACUAAAAGCUCAAUAAAAGUAGUAUGAAAGCUUUACUCUAUUUAAAUAUAUAAGAAGUGGAAAUUUUGAGAAAAUUGAAAGUGUGCAACCAAAUAAAUUUAAAUUCAUUGAAAGCUUUGCACUUAAAAUAAAUGAAAGCUUUACAGCCAACCGUUAGGAAUGCGAAUAAGGUUUAUCAUUACGAGGAAACUAUCUGAAAGAUAUUUUUCGGCCAUAAUUGAGGGCAUAUAAGCAAAAUAUAUACGAAGAAGCUUUUAUUUAGCAAAGAAGCUUUCACAAAGUGAGAGUUAGUUUACGAAUAUAUAACGGGUGAUUUUUUUGAGGUUAGGAUUUUCAUGCAUUAGUAUUUGACAGAUCACGUGGGAUUUCAGACAUGGUGUCAAAGAGAAAGAUGCUCAGUAUGCUUUGACAUUUCAUCAUGAAUAGACUUACUAACGAGCAACGCUUGCAAAUCAUUGAAUUUUAUUACCAAAAUCAGUGUUCGGUUCGAAAUGUGUUUCGCGCUUUACGUCCGAUUUAUGGUCUACAUAAUCGACCAAGUGAGCAAACAAUUAAUGCGAUUGUGACCAAGCUUCGCACUCAGUUUACUUUAUUGGACAUUAAACCAACCACACGAAUGCGUACAGUGCGUACAGAAGAGAAUAUUGCGUCUGUUUCUGAGAGUGUGGCUGAAGACCGUGAAAUGUCGAUUCGUCGCCGUUCGCAGCAAUUGGGUUUGUGUUAUUCGACCACAUGGAAGAUUUUACGCAAAGAUCUUGGUGUAAAACCGUAUAAAAUACAGCUCGUGCAAGAACUGAAGCCGAACGAUCUGCCACAACGUCGAAUUUUCAGUGAAUGGGCCCUAGAAAAGUUGGCAGAAAAUCCGCUUUUUUAUCGACAAAUUUUGUUCAGCGAUGAGGCUCAUUUCUGGUUGAAUGGCUACGUAAAUAAGCAAAAUUGCCGCAUUUGGGGUGAAGAGCAACCAGAAGCCGUUCAAGAACUGCCCAUGCAUCCCGAAAAAUGCACUGUUUGGUGUGGUUUGUACGCUGGUGGAAUCAUUGGACCGUAUUUUUUCAAAGAUGCUGUUGGACGCAACGUUACGGUGAAUGGCGAUCGCUAUCGUUCGAUGCUAACAAACUUUUUGUUGCCAAAAAUGGAAGAACUGAACUUGGUUGACAUGUGGUUUCAACAAGAUGGCGCUACAUGCCACACAGCUCGCGAUUCUAUGGCCAUUUUGAGGGAAAACUUCGGAGAACAAUUCAUCUCAAGAAAUGGACCCGUAAGUUGGCCACCAAGAUCAUGCGAUUUAACGCCUUUAGACUAUUUUUUGUGGGGCUACGUCAAGUCUAAAGUCUACAGAAAUAAGCCAGCAACUAUUCCAGCUUUGGAAGACAACAUUUCCGAAGAAAUUCGGGCUAUUCCGGCCGAAAUGCUCGAAAAAGUUGCCCAAAAUUGGACUUUCCGAAUGGACCACCUAAGACGCAGCCGCGGUCAACAUUUAAAUGAAAUUAUCUUCAAAAAGUAAAUGUCAUGAACCAAUCUAACGUUUCAAAUAAAGAACCGAUGAGAUUUUGCAAAUUUUAUGCGUUUUUUUUUUUUAAAAAGUUAUCAAGCUCUUAAAAAAUCACCCUUUACCUUUCUGUAGUGUUA